CCGGUCUGCGAUUUGUGACGUAAUUCCGGCCCGGCCGUGGAGGCUGAGGCCUAUGUACAAAUGGGUCUCUGAGACCCUGCGCUCUUGGUUAUUCUCCCCUUCCUCUUGUCACCGGGAUGUGGAGCCUUCCUUCCCUCGACCGCGGAAGAGACGGUAUCACAGUUCUCAGUCAUAUAUAGGAGGGCCUGAUCAGGAGCAAGCAAAAAGGCAAAAACUUGAUAUUUUUGGUAUAUUAACUCAAGGAAUUGCCAGUCUGAUUAAGCUACCAUCCCAGUUAACAGCUAAAUAUCUUCAGGUUGGAGAUCAAUAUGCUGAAGCUACAAAAGAGUUUUUUUCAAAUGCUUCUGAUACCUUGGCUGACAAGCAGAUGCAACCUAACUGUGAGAUGCAGUUGUGUGACUUUGAUAAAAAAGCAAGUUAUGGUACCUGUAUUCAUCCAGAUGUAGCAUCUGACUCUCAUAUUGCUGUGACCUAUCUGAGAGAUGACUUUAGUUCCAAAAAGAGUAAUAAGAAAACUCAUAAUGUGUUUCAAGAGGAUUUGCGGCCAUGGAGGCAUGCUACUCGCAGACAUUCAUUAGAAUCUUCUGCCUUAGAGACUGGAAGGUAUCUAAGGAAGCCUCAUUAUACAGUGGAAGAGGGAGUUCAGAGACUGGAGCAAGAGAAAUACAAGGAACUACUUAAGCAAGAAAAAGAAAAGAGUCUUAAAAUUCACUCUACUGCUGCAGCAGCAAAAUAUUAUAAUGACCGAGAUUAUGCCCCUGGCUCAUUAAAGAUUGAUCCCAUCCCUUCAUCUGAAAUGCCAAGAAAUGGAGUCAAAAACUUUGGUCCCUUGGGCUCUAAAAAAGAUGUGAGCAGAUCAAUAACAGUAGCAAAAAGAACAACCGGACAUGAAAAGGUAUUAGAACAGAAAAAGGAGAGCUUAAAGCAGCCUUUGAUGGGAAAUGAUCUAUCAGACGAAGUAUCACUUAGAUUAAGCCUGGUCCAGAAAGAAUCGUCAUGCAGAACGCGUUCUCUGGUUGAGAUAAGAGAAAAGUAUCUGAGUUUGGACAAGGCUACAGAGUGCCUCCCUGACUUUACCGAGGAUAUGGAAAAAGAGAUAGCAAAUGCUCUGAGCUAUGGUCAAGAUGAUGAAAUUUUGACUAGUGCCUUCAAGCUGAAUAUUACACGUGGAGACAUUCAAACACUAAGAAACCAGCAGUGGCUCAAUGAUGUGGUCAUUAACUUCUAUAUGAAUCUUCUGGUUGAGAGAAAUAAAAUGCCAGGAUUUCCAGUACUUUAUGCUUUCAGUACUUUCUUCUAUUCCAAGCUAAGUUCUACAGGCUAUAAUGCAGUAAAAAGAUGGACCAAGGAAGUUGACUUAUUCCAGUAUGACAUAAUCUUGGUGCCUAUUCAUAUCAGAGUACAUUGGGCAUUAGUGGUUAUAGAUUUGAGGAGAAAAACUAUCAAAUAUUUUGAUUCAAUGGGACAAAAUGGCAACAGGAUCUGUAUGAGAUUGCGACAAUAUCUGCAAGAGGAAAGUAAAGCCAAGAAAAAACUGGAUAUUAAUGUUUCGUCUUGGACACUUUACAGUAUGAAGCCUCAUGAAAUUCCGCAGCAAUUAAACGGCAGUGACUGUGGAAUAUUUACUUGCAAGUUUGCAGACUUUAUCUCUAGGGAUAAACCCAUUGCAUUUACACAGUUUCAUAUGCCUUAUUAUCGAAAAAAAAUGGUAUGGGAGAUUCUUCAUCAGCAACUGCUAUGACGCCAGACCUCUGCUAUGGGCCCAUGCGCAUAGAACAUCAUCUGAUUAUACAGUUGAUUUGUAUCCAUCUAAAGGCAAAGGUUCAAAGUACUCUCUUGGCAGAGCUCCAUUUCAGAGGUGGGAGUUAUCUAGAGGUAUAGUAGAAGCUCUUGGUUCUUGAAGCUCUCCAUCCAAUGAAAAAAAGUAUGGAACGCAGGAAUCUGGCAGUUUGCUUAUUACAAGUGAAGGAGUAUUUUUAAUGGGACUGAUGCUGAGUUUUGGAUGAGUAGUGACCUAUGUGACAUGAAAAAGAAAUAUAUAUUUUGCUGUUUUCCAAAGAGCGGUAGGUUGUCUAUGAUUGCGAUGCCCUGAUCUGGAUUCAAACUUAGUACUGCUUAAAAGUAAUCCAAUUGUAGUUGUAGCGAUUUAUCCCAUUAAUUUUAACUGGUCUACUCAAAGCAAGAUACAAUUUAGACUCACCCUUUGAUUCCAAGCAAGUAGCAUGCCAUGAGCUUUAUUUUUGAAGUUUUAUUGUAUACUUUUGUCAGGGCAUUUCGUUUGGAAGACUGGUUGGGGAGACUGUAUUUUGCAAGGCAGUGAAAGGAGUGUGUGAACCUAUAGUAUGCUUCUGAGGCUAUAUUUUCAUAAAACUGGAUCUUAGUGAUAUUUAAAAAUGGAAAAUUCACUUUGAUUUGUAACAAAUCCAUAGUAAAAGCCCUAGGUGGGAAUUAGUCUUUAUUUAAAAAUUACAAUGUUGUAUGAGACUAUUUAUUUGUAUUCUUGUGUGUGUUGGACAUGUGUUGGAAUUCCAAGAUAGUUGAACUAAAAUGGAAAUAAAUAUCAGUAAAUCUGA